GGGGUCCUCCCCCCGCCCCCAAAAUCGCUCCCUUUUACCCCAUUUCCCCUCCCGCAGGCUCUGAGGGAGGAGCAGUGCAGGGAGGAGUCUCGGCGGAGGCGGGCGGGGGGUUCAACCCGGCCUCGCCUUCCUGCUUAAGGAAGACUUUAUACAUAUAUUUAUUUUUUUCCUUAUUUUACCCAAAAGCGGCGAGUUCGGGAGCGGCCCCCGCCCCCAGCGAGCGCAACGGGAGGGAAGCGGCUGCCGAGGGGCCGAGCCUUCGCCCCACGGCACCUGCCAGGACAUCGAGUACCUGCUGCCCUCCUGGAAACAGGGUGAAAAGAGGCGAUUUUUGUCCUGCUGUCCCAAAAAGUGAUGGCGGAGGAGCCCAUCGUGCCGGUGUACUGCACUGGCGUUUCGGCGCAGGUGCAGCGGCAGCGGGCGAAGGCGUUGGGGUUGGGGCAGCACGAGAACGCGGUGCGGUACCUGGGGCAGGACUUCGGGCGGCUGGUGGAGGAAUGUCGGCGUUCCGGAACCCUCUUCCGCGACCAAACCUUCCCGCCGGCUCCCGCCUCCCUCGGCUUCCGCGAGCUGGGGCCCGGCACUGCCAAAACCCACGGCGUCCAGUGGAAGAGGCCGACGGAGCUGUGUCCGCGCCCGCAGUUCAUCGUGGACGGGGCCACGCGCACCGACAUCUGCCAGGGAGCGCUGGGUGACUGCUGGCUGCUGGCGGCCAUCGCCUCCCUCACGCUCAACGAGACCCUCCUUCACCGCGUGGUGCCGCACGGGCAGAGCUUCCAGCACGGCUACGCCGGCAUCUUCCACUUCCAGAUUUGGCAGUUCGGCGAGUGGCUGGACGUGGUGGUGGACGACUACUUGCCCACCAAAGACGGCAAGCUGCUCUUCGUCCACUCCGCCGAGGGCACCGAGUUCUGGAGCGCCCUUUUGGAGAAAGCCUACGCCAAGGUGAACGGGUGCUACGAGGCGCUGUCGGGCGGCAGCACCUCAGAGGGCUUCGAGGACUUCACGGGCGGCGUGACGGAGUGGUACGACCUGCGCAAGCCGCCAGCCGAUCUCUACCAGAUCAUCCUCAAGGCGCUGGAGCGCGGCUCCCUGCUCGGCUGCUCCAUCGACAUAACGAGCGCCUUCGACAUGGAGGCGGUGACCUUCAAGAAGCUGGUGAAGGGACACGCGUACUCUGUGACGGGGGCCAAGCAGAUCAACUACCGCGGGCAAUCGCUGGGCCUGAUCCGUAUGCGCAAUCCCUGGGGAGAAGUGGAGUGGACGGGACCCUGGAGCGACAGCUCGUCCGAGUGGAACGCGGUGGAGCCGGCGCUGAGGCAGCAGCUGAUGGUGAAAAUGGAGGAUGGCGAAUUUUGGAUGUCCUUCCGGGAUUUCCUGCGGGAAUUCACCCGCCUGGAGAUCUGCAACCUCACCCCAGACGCUCUCCAAUCCCGCAAAUUCCGCAAGUGGAACACGCGGCUCUACGACGGGACGUGGCGGCGCGGCAGCACGGCCGGCGGCUGCAGGAACUACCCCGCCACUUUCUGGAUAAACCCGCAGUUUAAGAUCCAGCUGGAGGAGGUGGACGACGAGGGGGACGAGGGCGGCGGGCGCGAGCCCGGCUGCAGCUUCCUGCUGGCGCUGAUGCAGAAGCACCGGCGCCGCGAGCGCCGCUACGGCAAGGACAUGGAGACCAUCGGAUUUGCCGUCUACGAGGUUCCUCCCGAGCACGUGGGGAAGUCGGGCGUCCACCUGAAGCGGGAUUUCUUCCUGGCCAACGCCUCGCGCGCCCGCUCGGAGCAGUUCAUCAACCUGCGAGAGGUGAGCACCCGGUUCCGGCUGCCGCCGGGGGAAUACAUCGUGGUGCCCUCCACCUUCGAGCCCAACAAGGAAGGAGACUUCGUCCUCCGCGUCUUCUCCGAGAAGAAAGCCGGCACUGAGGAAAUGGAUGACAAGAUCCAAGCCACGCUCCCGGAUGAGAAAGUGCUCUCCGAAAGCCAAAUUGACGACAACUUCAAGCAGCUCUUCAAGCAACUGGCGGGGGCGGACAUGGAGAUCAGCGUCACGGAGCUUCAGACCAUCCUCAACCGCAUCAUCGGCAAACAUAAAGAUCUCCGGACCAAAGGGUUCAGCACCGAGUCCUGCCGCAGCAUGGUCAACCUCAUGGACAAAGAUGGCAACGGGAAGCUGGGGCUGGUGGAGUUCAACAUCCUGUGGAACAGAAUCCGCAACUACCUGGCCAUCUUCCGCAAGUUCGACCUGGAUAAGUCGGGGAGCAUGAGCGCCUACGAGAUGCGGAUGGCGCUGGAAGCGGCAGGCUAUAAAUUGAACAAAAAGCUGCACGAGCUGAUCAUCACCCGCUACGCGGAGCCCGACCUGGCCAUCGACUUCGACAACUUCGUCUGCUGCCUCGUGCGCCUGGAGACCAUGUUCCGGUUUUUCCAAGCGAUGGACGUGGACCAGGAUGGCGUCGUCACCUUCGACUUGCUGCAGUGGCUACAGCUCACCAUGUUCGCCUGACCAGACCCCCCAGCCCUCCAAGUGCCUUCGCUGCGGAGCCAGAACCGCGCCAGUUUUUCCCUUUUUUUGCCUUUUUUUCAGCAUAAAGGAGGGUGUGGGGGGGUGCAGGUG